CGAAUUACGAUAGCCAGUUCAUUAGAAGUAGAACCUCCGUGCCCAUUCAGCAGCGUGGUUGUAGUCUGCAAGCUCGAAACUACCGUAGUCAGGACUCAGGAUUCUUCUGACUCUGAAAAUUUUGGGAAGAAACCUAAAAUUGAUCGAACCAGUCUUAACUUCCCAAUUCUCGUUUCACCGUUUGAGAGGGAAAAAAAGGAUAAAAAUAGUAAGUUAGAAUGAAACAAGUGGCUAUUCUCUGUGCAAAGAAAUGGUUUUUGAGAAGCUUUUCGUCAAUCUCCUCGCAUCCACUGCGAGUUUGUAUAGUUGGAAGCGGGCCUUCUGGGUUUUACACAGCUGAGAAAAUGUUGAAGGCGCAUCAAGGAGCAGAAAUCAAUAUCAUUGACCGAUUGCCAACACCAUUUGGAUUAGUCCGCUCAGGAGUAGCUCCUGAUCAUCCCGAAACAAAGAUUGUGAUUAACCAGUUUACUCGGGUUGCGUUGAACAAGCGGUGCUCAUUCUUUGGAAAUGUUUCCCUGGGGACCUCUAUCUCACUAUCCGAACUUCGUGAAUUAUAUGAUGUGGUGGUGCUGGCCUAUGGUGCUGAAAGUGACAGGGUUCUAGGUGUGCCUGGAGAAGAUUUAGCAGGAAUAUACUCAGCUAGAGAAUUUGUUUGGUGGUAUAAUGGUCACCCUGACUACAGCAAUCUGGAUCCUGAUUUGAAGAAUACUGAUACAGCUGUGAUUCUUGGUCAGGGCAAUGUAGCUCUUGAUGUUGCACGUAUCCUUCUACGACCAAAAACUGAAUUGGGGAACACUGAUACUGCAAGCCAUGCUCUAGUCUCUCUGCAGGAAAGUUCCAUAAGGAAAGUGUAUUUGGUUGGAAGACGUGGACCAGCACAGGCAGCUUGUACUGCCAAGGAACUACGUGAAGUUCUUGGUAUUAAAGAUUUGCAUAUUCACAUCCAGGAAGCUGAUCUACAAAUAUCACGAGCAGAUGAGAAAGAACUGAAGAAUAACCGAAUCCAACGACGGGUCUAUGACUUGCUGUCUAAAGCAGCAACUACCAAGCCUUGUCAUCCUACUUUUAGUCAAUGUGAACUACAUUUCAUCUUCUUUCGGAAGCCAGACAGGUUUUUACCUUCAGAUAACAGCAGCUCUAAGGUUACUGGUGUGCGCUUUGAGAAGACAAUUCUAAAAGAGAACGGUAGCUCUGGAAGACAGUCUGCAGUGGGCACAGGACAGUUUGAAGACAUUGAAUGCGGGUUGGUUUUAAAAAGUAUCGGUUACAAAUCUGUGCCAGUUGAUGGAUUGCCCUUUGAUCACCACAAAGGUGUGGUUCCAAACAUUAGGGGCCGGGUUCUAAGUGAUGCAUCAACAGACCCUGAACCACUCAAGGGAUUAUAUGUAGUUGGAUGGUUGAAAAGAGGACCUACUGGGAUCGUUGCAACAAACCUCUACUGCGCUGAAGAAACUGUUGCAAGCAUCUCCGAAGAUUUGGAACAAGGAAUACUAAUUCCUCGCUCGCCAAAGCAAGGCAAACAGGGACUCCUCCAAAUAUUAGAGAAUAGGAAUGUCAGAUUUGUGCCAUUCAGUGGCUGGGAGAAGAUUGACAUAAAAGAAAAAAGUGAAGGCGCCUUGAGAAACAAGCCCAGAGAAAAGAUUGCCACGUGGGAAGAAUUAUUGAAGGUUGCUAACGAGUGAACAAAUAAAAAUAUAAAGGAAUCAAGGUUCUUUUAUCUAAUUGUUUUCUGAUACAUCAUACAUCAUUGCAUUUGUAUU